AUGUUCAUCCGCGGCAGCGGCAAUGGGAUGACGACCACGCUGAGCAGCAGUCCGCGGGAGAAGUGGCAGCGCUGCCUCACGCCCGACGCGGCGCUGUUGUUGGGCGAGCUCCUCGAGGCCAUUGUGACGUACCUGCGUCGCCGGCUUGUCAAGGGUACCGCAGGCACAACGCUCGACCUCCGACACCGCAUCAUCGACUUUGCCGCAUCGACUACGUGGCUCAUGCAUGCGCUCGCGACAACGCGCGACAGCGUUGCGGCGCUGCUGCUUGCAACUUGCCACGAUGACCGCACAGGUGGUCUCAAUGCCGCCAGAUGA